AUGAGAAUGCGUACAGCAUCCGAAUCCGAUGCUGAAAUCCAAACCCUUGGCGCCACCACGUCAUACCCCCCACUCCUCGCCGCCGGCGCCCGGGCCCUCCUACCCUCCGCCUCCGUGCCGCCACCGCCAUGGCGGGAGCAGCCCACCCUCCGGGGCGUCGCCGUCGCGGCGGCGCUGGGCUCGCUGCUCUGCGUGGUGAUCCACCGCCUCAACCUCACCGUCGGGGUCAUCCCGGCCCUCAACGUCGCCUCCGGCCUCCUCGCCUUCUUCCUCACCACCGCCUGGCGGGCCGCCGCCGGGAGGCUAGGGUUCGGCCGCGGGAGCCCGUUCACCAGGCAGGAGAACACCGUCAUCCAGACCUGCGCCAUCGCGUGCGGCGGCCUCGCGUUCAGCGGGUGCUCGGCAUCGUACAUCUUCGCGAUGGAUAGGAAAACGUAUGAGCUCGUCGGGCCUGACUAUCCGGGUAACCGAGUGGAAGACGUCAAAGAUCCCUCGCUUGGUUGGAUGAUCGGUUUCCUGUUCCUCAUUGCUCUCCUCGGGCCAUUUGCUAUUGUCAUGCUACGAAAGGUAUUGGUGGUUGAUUACAAGCUUGCAUUUCCUGGUGGGACAGCUACAGCACUGAUGAUUAAUAGCUUGCAUGGAGAACAAGAAGCUGAUGUUACAGGAAAGAAAGUCCUUUGCCUUGUAAAGUACAUGAGCCUGAGUUUUGCCUGGAGCUUCUUUAAGUGGUUCUUUAGUGGUGUUGGUGACUCUUGUGGUUUUGACAAUUUCCCAACAUUUGGAGCUGCAGCUUUUAAGAACACGUUUUAUUUCAACUUCAAUCCCAGUUAUGUUGGAUAUGGUCUUAUUUCUCCCCAUAUUGUUAACUGCUCAGUUUUUCUCGGGUCAGUCAUAUCAUGGGGUUUUCUUUGGCCAUUUAUCGCUACGCAAUCUGGCGAUUGGUACCCAGAUAACCUUAGUAGCAGUGACUUCAGAGGCCUAUAUGGUUACAAGGUUUUUGUAGCCAUUUCCAUCAUACUUGGAGAUGGCCUCUACAACUUGGUCAAAAUCUUUGUUGUCAUUGCAAGAGAAAUCUGUAUUGUGCAAUUAAAAAAAGGUGAUCAGCCUGUUCAUGCUCUUCAAGAUAAUAAGAACUCUAGACAAUCAAGGGAUGAUGAGCUUCAGAUUGAGAUGUUCUUCAAAGAUAGGAUACCCACACGGUUUGCUGUUUCUGGUUACAUUGUACUUGCAGCAAUAUCCACCGCAGCUGUGCCCACCAUAUUUCCCCAGCUGAAGUGGUAUGUGCUUGUCUGCUACUUACUUGCUGAAGUGGUAUCUUGUGCUUGUCUGCUACUUACUUGGUCCGGCCAUUGCCUUCUGCAACUCCUACGGGAUGGGCCUCACAAACUUGAACCUUGCACCCACCUAUGGCAAGAUUGCCCUCUUUAUAUUCGCCUCGCUCGUCGGUAG